AGAGUAUAUAAUGAGACUGACUCAUUUUUCAAACAUCCCUCGCUACGGGAGAAACGGCGAUAGGCGUAGGUACUACGCCACAGUAAAGCGUCUUUUCUCGACUAAGUCUAUUGUUUUACAUAUACAAGUCGUAUAAUAUACAAUUAAGUUACGUAGAACGCAAUACAAUAUUCAUAAAAUACGACAAUAAUUAUACCGUUGGUAUUACACGGCAGAGGAUAACUCGCACGAACAAUUGCGGAGUGUUAUAUAGCAGUUGCAGGUUCGAUAUACCUUUAUUUCCGUAAGUUUGUUUUUGUCGGUUAUUCAUUCAUAUCCUUGAUUCGAUUGUACAUACGCGUUUUCGGAUCGCAACGAUUCGUACCGGCCCGAAUUCUUCCAUUCUGUCAUCUACAGAUAGGUACCGACCAUGCAGGAAGAUUCGUCUGAUUCGAACGGCGAGGGCGGUACGUUGACCGCUAAUGAAUACGCAUCCAACACGACCAAGCGACAGGUGUAUUUGGAAUUUUCCGAGUUCAGUCCGGCGCAGAUACGAAAGAUCGAAGAUAUUUUCAACCAGUAUGAUGCAAACAAAGAUGGAUAUCUAUGUCGGAAUGAAUUGAAACGAAUGAUGAUCAAACGUCGAGUUCCAUGGACUGAAAACUCAUUAAAUCAAUUGAUCGAUGAUGUGGAUAAAGACAAAGAUGGAAAAUUGACUUUUAGAGAAUUUGUUAUGACUAACCGUAAAACUUUGGAGUACUGUCAACGUGCAUUGGCCAAACAAGAAAAAGUAGACUUUAACAAAGUUGGUAUAAAAGGCGUAAGAGACUUCUUCGAGGCAAAGGCUAAGUAUUCCAAAUAAACAGUACUGCAGUUUUAGAAAAAUGUAUUGAAAGAAAUGUUUAAUUUACCAGUACCAGUGAAUAUAAUAUUUAAAAGCUAUACAUUUGAUUAUUAUCAACUUAAAAUUUUUGAAAUAAUAUUGUACAUAUUUAUCAAAUAAUGUUGUAAUAAUAUACUACAAUCAAGAUUUCUACAAAUAUUAUGUACAUCCAAAAAGAUUAGUUGUACACACUAACAGAACAUAAACAGACGAUGUAAAGUAAAAUCUGUAUAAAUUACCUUUCACUUUAUCAUUGCACUUCCAUUAUUGUUUUAUGUCAAGGUAUGUCUUACAUAUAAUAUGUAAUAUUUUGAAUUUUACAAAAUCAUUUUCCUAAAAAAUUGGUUAAACACAU